AUGGACAAAGUUAAGCAAGAAAAUAGUGCAUACAAAAGAAUUGUACCUUUGAAAGGCAAUCUUCUUGCAAAAAUUCGUGAAAAACUAAAUGGAGAAAAAGCAAAAAAAGAAAUAGAAGUAGAUGAAAAUGAAUUAAGCUUAUCCAUUAACAAUAAUAGAGAACUUCCGACAGUAUCGAAAGUUGAAACUCCUUUGAAAUCACCAGACAAAAUUAUUAUUCAAAAAGUUGAAAACGUGAAAAUUGAUGUUAUUCAUACCACCAAGUUGGGACGAGCGAGACGUAUUUCAUCAUUAUUUGAAGAACAUCCUAAUGGAAACGAAUCUCAAAUUCCUAAAACUGAGACUUUUGCAGUUCCGCAAAAUGUUCUCGUUCAACAUCCGGAUGCUCGAGAAAAUGAAAAUCCAGAAAUCAAUGAACAACCCUCGUCAAUAACAUUUCUCUCUGCUGUGAUGCCUGAUAAUGUCUGCAAUACUCUCGUCCCACUGAAAUUGAAGAGAAUAAUAAAGAAACCAAAGCCACCGCCUGCUUAUCGUUUUCAACGAGUUACGAUAUUUAGGUGCAAGCAAAGUUCGUAUUUCCCACAACCACAACCAGAAUUUCAAAUUAAGAUUAUUUACGAUGAAAUAUCCAACGAUGGUGAUGAGUUGAUGACUAAACCAGAUGCUUCUUCAACACCACAAAUAAUCUCUGAUUCUGUGUCUAUAUCUGAAUCAACUUUACAACCAUCAACAUCAAAACAAUUCAGUGAGAAUGAAAAAAGGAAAUCAGGAUCAAGAUUAAGUAAAAUUGGAUGGCAAGAUGAUAUUCUUGCUGUGAUAGGAGAAUCAAGAAUUCGUGAAAUUGAUAAAGAUCUUAAAAAGAUUCCAAAUAUUGUCACUGGGAAUGCCAUCGAAACAGAAAAUGUGGAAUUGAAGUUGAUUUUGCGUCAUCUUUUAAGGCAUUCUAAGCUGAAUUCGAUCAUAGAAACAUUGACUGAUAGAAAUGAAGAAAAAUUUACUGCAGAAGAUUCCUCUAAUAAUGGUGAAAAUCAUCAAGUGGAUAAUUUCGAUGACAACUCAUUUGAUCCAUACAGCGAUGAAAGCAGUUUAAAAGAAUUAAUUUCAGACGAUCAAACUUCAUUAGAUACUCAACAAAAUGAUGAUUUAUCUGAAAUUCAACUUGACAACAUUGAAGUUAGCGCAAAUGAACUUCCUAAAAGUCCCAUUGUGUUUAAUUUUGAUGGAAAUAAUGAAGAAAUUGUUCAAAGUCCGCCUUCUAGAAAAAGAAAAAUUUCAUCGUGUUCAACAGAAAGUGUUAAAGUAGUGAAACGAAAUACUUUGAAUUUGGAAAGAAGAAAAUCAUCAAGAAGUUCAGUGAAUGUUGAAAAUUCUCCUAAAGUUGUGGAGAGAAAUUUAUCGCAAGAGGAAAGUCAAGAAAAACCUUCAACAAAUGAAAAUAUUUCAGUUCUUAGUGAUUCAAGUGCUGACGGUUUACCAUUAAGUCGAAUGCGUUCAUCUAAACGAAGAAUAAUUAAAGAUACUGACAGUGAUGUGAGUGCUAAUGAAACCUUCGACAAAUCUCAUGAAAUAUCAAAACAAAAUUUCAAUAACUUAAAAUCAAAAAAAUUAAUCAACCCAAUAAACUUAAAAGAAAGAAAAUCUUCAAUUUUAAUUCGAAAUAAUUAUCAUAAAUCACCAUUGAAAAGAGGAAAAACAAGUGAAAUAAGUUUUGAUUCAACGAUUGAUAAUGAAAAAGAUUUAAGUGCAAGAAAUGUUAAUGAAAAACGCGACAAAUUGAAAAGAUCUGUGACAUCGAAAAGCAAUAAAUUCACUGAAUAUUUUAAUGAUGAAGAAGAGAUUGUCAAAAAAGAAGAUAAGAUUGUCAAUAACAACAAAGUGGAAGAGAAAAUUGUUAACACAACAAAUGUGAAAAGGCCACGAGGACGACCAAAAAAAGUUAUUGUUGUGAAAGAAGAGAAAGAUGAAGUCGAAAUCGUGCAAGUGAAGAAAGAAAUUCCCGAACAGCCACCAGAACCUUUGAGAAAAGCGAUUGAACAUAAAGUUCCUUAUGACAUGAUCCUACAAGUUAUUAGUUUCACAGCACCAGCAACCAAAGUUGGCCGAAUAAAAUCUGAAGAAUUAAAAGAACGAAAAAAGCAACUUGAAGAGAUUCGCAAGACUUUGAAGUCGUUGAAAUACUUUCAAUGUGGAAAUUGUGGAAAAAAUGUGACGAAAGAUCUUUGGAUUGAACAUUUCUUGAGGCACAGCGGAGUUGCUUGGAUUGAAGGAUUUGAGCAUCCAUUAUCGUUGGAUGACUGGCACGAAUCAUUACGACGUUUGAUGAAUUACUUUAAGUUUUAUAAAUUAGAAUCAAUGCAAUGUCGGAAAUGUUAUCAAGAAAAGAAAUCAGCUUUGGGACAUUUAUCGCAUAUAAUUUUGUGUGGCGAAACUCAAGAGAAAAUCAAUCGGAGAAUGGUGACUUGUGAAUAUUGUGGCGAGAAAAUGCUUCCUUACUACACUUCUUUUCAUAAAAACAAAUGUUCUGGUAUUGAAAGAGUGAAAGAAGAAAAAAUUGAAGUCGAAGUUGAUGAUGAUAAAGAUGGAAGUCGACAAGAUGUGACAGCUGAAGCAUUCAACUCAAGUGGACGACUUAAACGAAAAUCAGUUAAAAGAGCUGAGAAAAAUUUUAAGAAAAUUCUUGGAGUUCUUUCGAAUCCUUCAGAUGAAUUAAAAAUCGUAAAUGGCGAAAUUAAAUGUCAAUUUUGUCCCAACAUCUUAUUUCAGUCGCAAGAUGAAGCGAUUGAGCAUGUGAAGAAGGAACAUAAAGCAUCACGAAUCAAGAAUAUUUACAAAGAACCACAAGAGAUGAAAAAUUCUUAUCAUCUUCUGAAGCCAAGUGUUGAAGACUUUCAUUAUGGAAUAAGAAAGAAAACUUUCUUAUGGACGAAAGAAUUUGUACAAUUAAAUUUGAAAGUUGAACAACUUCCUCGUAUAAUUCCAAACUUUGAUCUCAAUUCUUCAAGUGACAUCACAUCGACCUUAAAAUCACUUAAAUUUAAAACGAAAUCAUUGAAAUUCGCUUUUAGUCAUGAUGAAACUUAUUCUCUGACAUAUGGAAAGGAAUACAAUAAUUGGAAGCAGCUUGUGAUUGGCGAAGAAGCUGACGAUAAUUCUUCAAAGACAUUCUACUGCGGUGGAUCAGUGACAUCCAUUGAUUGGGCUCCAACGAAUCAUGAGAAGAAUUUCUUAGCUGUUGCUGUUAACAACAUUGAAAGUGGAAUUAAAUUAGAUUUAAUUGAACCAUUAACAUCAUGUGUGCAACUUUACGAGUUCGAAAAUCUCCGCAACGAAGACUUCCAGAGAUUUAAUGGCAUCGGAAAGCUCAAUUACGUGUUUGUGGUCAACGAUGGUCCAAUCUGUUCAAUAAAAUUCCAUCCAUGUGAAACAUUUGCAAUUGAAAAGCGAAUUGGAUUAUUGGCUGUGGCAAGUGCAAACCAAAGUGUAUUAAUUUACUCACUUCCGUACCUGAAUAAUGAUAAGUCGAUUGUCUUGCCACUUGUUCCAAAUUUAAUUUGUAAACUUCAUGAAGAUGACGUUUUGUUUAAAGAAUGUUUUCUUAUGCAAACGACGCGUGUUGCUUGGCAUUACACAACAAUUUCGGAUGAGAACAUUCUUGCUGCAGGCUUCGUUAAUGGAUGUGUUGGACUUUGGAAUUUAAAUAACUUUGACAGCGAAGAUGCGAUAAGGACGACAAUUUAUCCGUGCAACGUCAUUCAAGCUCAUCACGAACCUGUCACAUCAUUGGAUUUUAAAUCUACAAAAGGUCGCGAUUAUUAUUUGCUUACAUCGAGUUUAGAUCGUAAAGUGAAAGUUUACAAAAUCAAUGAAAUGAGAAUUCAAGAAAUUGACAAUCAUUAUGCAUCGAGUCGAGUAUUGUCAGCUGUUUGGUGGUUGAACUGGCCGUCGUUUCUUCUGAGCUUCGAUGAUUCCUACUCUAAUGCAUUUCCUGCUGUUGUCAAUCGUCAACCUUUAGAAUUUGGUUCAAGAAACACGACAAUCCUUCCAGCUGUUCAAUCGUCGAUCAUCAGUCUGAGUAUUAAUCAUUGGGACAAUACUGUGUUGCUAGUUUCAAACUCAGGUGAUGUUUUCAGUAACACAAUGAACCAAAUGCUUCAUCAUCUACACAAAAAGAAGCCAGAUUCUUAUGAUAUUCGCAUUCAGUCGUCGACUGAUUACAGUAAAAUUAAAAGCGAAGAAAAUGUUGGAAUUGUCUUUCAAGAUUUCAAAUGCAAAAUAAAACAUCAGAAGAAAUAUCGGCAAACACCUUUAGAUCACCUCAAUGAAGUUCAAAUUAAUCAAGACUGUUUCAAUCGCAAUGAGAAAAGUCAUCGUUUUUAUGCUUUGGCCUACGAAACUGGUUUUAUUCGUGUAAAAUAUUACAAGAAUUUGAAAUGAGGAAAUUCUUGUUGUUUCUCAUUAUUUUUCAAGUAUUGCGGACUGUGGUGAGGAAAGAAACGAAAGAAAAAUUGUUCUUAAAAAAUAAUAAAGAAAAAGCAUAAGUUAUGCUUUGAUCAAGAAUUUUGAAUAAAACUUGGAUUGUUAUAAA